AUGGCACAACAAACGCCCAAGUUGGCAAGCUACAAGCGUAUCAUCCUUUGCGCUGAUGGGACAUGGCUGGCAUCUGAUCAGGGUGACAGUUCUGUGCCUUCGAAUGUCGCGAAGAUCGCUCGAGCAAUAGCGACCAGUGGCCCUGAUCGCGAUGGCAACAUUGUGAAGCAGGUUGUGUUGUACCAUUCUGGCCUGGGAACUGGAGACCUCCCGUUCCAGAAGGCUAUAUAUGGAGGCCUUGGCUGGGGUCUGGAUGUCGAUGUUUGCCAGAUCUAUGAUUUCAUUUCUAAUAACUAUGAGCCUGGCGACGAGUUGUUCUUCUUUGGCUUUUCACGUGGCGCUUUCACCGUGCGCUCAGUCGCUGGCCUGGUCUGUGAUAUCGGUAUCCUCUCUGCAGUGCACAUGUCGCACUUUGCAGAGAUGUGGAGGGCCUACCGUCAGAAUACAGAUGGGAGGCCCUUUAAGAUGACAACAUGGUAUCAGGAGAAUAAGGACAAGCUGCGCUUGACACAAGAUCUCAGGAUCAAAGUUGUUGGGGUUUGGGACACUGUUGGAGCUCUAGGGAUCCCUGAGUGGCCGCUUGUAAAAUUGGCGACAAGAGCUGGCAUCGCAAUCAACGAACAGUAUGCAUUUUACAACACAAACGUAGCAAAAAAUCUGGACUAUGCCUUCCAAGCCCUUGCCAUUGAUGAGAGACGACUAACUUUCCCCCCUACCCUCUGGCACACGGCCCCUGGUGCUCCGGCCAGGGAUCUGCAGCAAUGCUGGUUCCCCGGCGUCCAUGGUAACAUCGGUGGCCAGGCAGAAGAUCCACGUAGAUCUGGUGACCAUGAAGAGAUCGGUGACAUCACAUUGGCAUGGAUGGUGGACAACCUCUCAGGCAUGCUGACAUUUGAAACGGCUGCCAUCAACCAAAUUAUCCAGCAUCACCAUGAUGCACUCGCGGAGAAUAGGAUCGCUGAUGGCUGGGGCUGCGGGCCCAUCGUUUCUAAUUUCUCUGGGCUGCAAGGCAAAUUCUUCAGGGCUCUUGGAAAGCAAGACCGCACGCCGGGCAACUAUCCACCAGUCCCUCGUGACAUAAUUGAGGAUGAAAGAAUUGAAGGUGAAAGAAUUGAUGGUGACAGAACUUUUGGUGCCACGAACGAGUUUUUCCAUCCGAUUGCCCGCAUCCGGAGGGGCAUACUACCUAACUACAGCCCGGCAUCGCUGGACGGAUUCGAAAUGUUCCAUGGCGAGAAUGGCUGGAGGUGGGUUAAAGGGGAUAUUGUAGUGCCCGAGUAUGUGCUACGUCCGGAGAGAACAAUGAGUGUGAUGCAUGAGGGGGAAUAUACUACUGAGCCUAGCUUGUCAAGGUCUCUGUGUCCGGCGAACCUUCUGGUAGAUCUUGAUGGAGAUAAUAAUAUGCAACCCGAGUGA